UAUUUUUGAGACUAUUGAUUGGCGCCGUGAAUUCUUGCGUUUGCAAGAAUUCACGGCGCCAUGCAGGCUUUGUAAUUUGUAUUCUCAUUGAUUUUCUCGCCCACCUUGCCUGCAGCCAAAUCUGCUUGCCCAAGAAACUUUGGCUCUGAGUAUUGCAGUCAUUACAAGAAGAAUAUCUCAAUAAAUCAUGAGUAAAAACAACACAUUCAUGUAUUUUGCUUAUGGAAGUAAUCUUCUGAAGGAGAGGAUUCACAUAAACAAUCCAUCAGCUAAGAAAGUUGCCAUUGGAAAGGUGGAUGGCUAUCGUCUUGACUUCAACUAUUACAGCAAGCGCUGGAAAGGAGCAGCAGCUACAAUUGAAGAAGAUUCUGAUAAGCAUGUUUGGGGAGUCAUUUGGGAACUUGAUGAGGAACACCUGAAGACGCUUGAUGAACAGGAGGGCGUCCAGCAGGGCAUCUACCGGCCGGUGACGGUGACGGCCGAGACGCCGGCCGGCGAGCGGCUGCGCUGCCGCAGCUACCAGCUGGUGACGCCGCCGGAGCGCGACCGGCGCCCGUCGGCCGUCUACAAGGACGUCAUCGAGCGGGGCGCCGCCGAGAACCAGCUGCCGGCCGAGUACCGCGCCCGGCUGGCCGCCAUCGAGGACAACGGCUACCGCGGCCAGGUCGAGGUGGCGCUCGACCUCGCCCAGCGGUGAUCGGCAGGGGCGGACAGUGAGGACGUCCGCCGAGAGAGGACACGCGCCGCCGUCCGUCGCAAUGUCUCCCGGUCCCGUGCUGCUGCUGCUGGCGGUCGGCGCCGCGUGCGGCCCGGCGGCCGCCUUCGUCAGCCGCCAGACGUCCCAGCAGGUGAACGACGUGCUGACCGAGAAGCUGUUCGCCGUCUCGCGGCUGCUGACCUCCAUCGAGAGCCACGUCAGCCGCCUGGACGAGUGGGACGGCACCGUGGGCGGCCUCCAGUCGCGGCUGGCGGCGCUCGAGGCCGGUCAGCAGCGCGCCGCCGGUCAGCUGGCAGACGCCCUGCAGCGGCUCGAGACGCUCUCGGACAGCGCCGCCGCAGCGCGCUCCGAGCUGGCCGGCCUGGCGGCCGCCCAGGAGGGCACGGCCGGCGCGCUGGCCGCGCUGCGAGACGGCCUGGCGCAGAGUGUGGCCGCCGUGUCCGAGUCCGUGUCCGGACUGGCGACCUCCCAGGCGGCCGAGCACAACCAGACGCGCGGCGCCUGCAGCGCGGCCGGCGGCGCGGCGCUGACGGCGCCGCUGGCCGAGCUGCGCACCGCCGUCGGACGGGUCACCGAGCUGGCGCAGCGCACGGAGGCGGCGCUGGCCGACGGUCUGCAGCGCGUGGACGGCCGGCUGGCGGAGACCGGCGAGCAGCUGGCCCAGCUGGGCGGCCAGCUGCGCGAGGAGCGCCAGGCGCGGCUGAGCGUCACCACCCCGCGGCCCACCGUCGACCCGCACCAGGCCUUCCUCAAUAGCCUCUACCGCAGUCUCAGCAAACGGACCAAAGCCGACCGGUACCCUGCGCCGACGCCGUCCCCAUGAGAGGGUCGGCGCGGGCGGCAGGGUCCGGUGACGGUACGGCACUGCGCAAUUACCUGUCACAGUAACGCGCGCAGUGAUGGACACUAGAAGCCAUCGGAUGCUGGAUCCUGAGUUUAUAUAAAGGCGCUAUUUUGGCGGGUCAUCAUAGCUACUGGUGAUAGAAUAAUGCCGUUAUCAUUAAAGGCGUUUAAUGUGCUCCAUGCAUACGAGACAUGUGGAAAUGGCUCACCUAUAUUUUCUUUGACAAUAAACGCUUUGUCUUUGCGA